AUGGGCGUGAAGGAGGUAUCGGGUCUCGUCUCUGGACGUGGUGUCAUCUGGUCUGUAGCGUUGUCCCUAACGCUGCACGUCCUCAACCACCAUCUCCUCCUCGUCCUCCUCCCCCUCCUCUGCGUCGCCAUCUACAAAGGGCUCAAGGCGCCGCGGUCGAAUCCGGAUACGGCGGCCACCUUCUUCUCGGGUCUCCGUGUCGGUGGCCAUCGCGGAUCGCCCACCAUUUACCCGGAGAACAGCAUGGCCUCGUUCGAACAGGCAAAACUAGACGGCUGUGACCUUGUCGAAUUUGACGUGUCGAUGACGAAGGAUGGGCACGCUGUUCUGCUACAUGACGACAACUUGGACAGAACCACCAACAUGACGGGUCCGAUUCGGGACAAGAACCUUGCCGAGCUGAAGGACUGCAAUAUUGCCGCGCAUUUUAAGAGGACUGGUCCCGGCUCCUCUCCCAUCCCAUCCGAAGGUCUACCUGCCCUCGAAACCCUCGUCUCCUGGGCCAAGACCAACAAGAUGAAGCUCCUCUUCGACGUCAAAGAUUACGACCCCGAGUUGACGGCCAUCAUUGUCGAGCUGUUCACGAGGUUCGACCUGUACGACUCGGCGAUCGUGUGUUCUUUCUUCCCAUGGGUCGUCUACAGGGUGAAGAAGGCCGACUCGAGGAUAUUGACGGGCAUGACCUGGCGCCAAAAGUUCUUCUCCUACGAGGACGGCGAGCACACGAGGCCCCGGUUCUCGUGGGCCCUCCAAUUCUACCUGGCUGCCCUCCUCGACGUCGUCCACCACGCCGGACUACACACCAUCCUGCCCACGUUCCUUGGUGUUGACCUAAUGUUGACGUCAAAUUCAGAAAUUUCUCCUCGCUACGUCGCAAAACAGCGCGCCAAAGGAGUAGAGGUCAUGGCGUGGACCGUCAACGACAUCAACGAGAUGCACUGGAUGUUGGAAACAUUGAAGAUCCCGAUCCUCACCGAUCUCCCCUACCACAUCCAGACCUUGUCAAACCUGCGAAAAUUCGGAGAAGACGGCUACGUGUCCGUGAAGGCUGCC